ACGGGCACAACGCAACCAUCAAAACUCUGCUGGAAAACGGGGCAGAUCCUGACUCUCAUGGCGAUGAUGGCCGGACCCCGCUGUCAUGGGCCGCAAGCAAAAGAGACACAAAGUAGGCCAAACAGCACUAUCAUGGGCAGUAGCAAGAGGUUCGAGGGUAGUUUUAGAACCUAUUAAGGCAUACAGUCGGGAAAUUGACGUUGUCGACAACUUCAACCGAGCACCGCUGUUCUACGCUGUAUGGAAUGGAAAUGCGGAUGCAGUCGCGGCCCUUUUAGCCAAUGGCAACCAAACAGCCCUAUGCUCAACAUCCGCUGGCCGUGCGCCAUUAUCAGUAGCCAAAGAAAACCCAGAGACUACAAUACUGGAUAUUCUAAUGGCUAGGCGUAAGAUACAUGCUGUGAGCGAGAAAUGCCACUAAAGGCUUCACUACCAGCUCCCCAGACGUUAUGUGAUCAUUGUUCUUUGGUUACCCCUUUAACGGACUAUUUCUUCCAUUGUCGGAUCUGUAUGGAUGACGAUUCCGAUCUCUGUCAGAAAUGCUUUGCUGGUGGGGUGCCUUGGAUGGAUGAGUCUCAAGUCCUCUUUAACAAAGGGUAUAUCAACUGCCAGUUUGGGAGAUUCGAACUCUUAAUCUCCAUCGUUG